AUGGCCGUCCAAGAAUCCCCCAUUACUACACUCACGCUAGGGCAGUACUACAACGACCUUGAUCAUCUCGAUGCCGGCAAGGCAGGCGAGCUCUUCAUGCGCCCCUACCUCCGUUUGCAACACUUGCGGUGUCUCAAGGUCCGCUUUGACCGCGGGCCCUCUUUCCGACUACUCCGCAUGCUGCCAUUCUUCGCCAGCAUAACCACCCUGCAACUGUGGAAAUGUACCUUCAAGAACUUCAGGGGGAUGAUGGACGUUGUGUGGGCCUGCCCGAACCUCGUUAUGCUGGACAUAAAUGUCGUUGAGUUCAAAGUGCAGCCCUCUUCCCCCACGCGGCUCCUGCAGAUGUCCGCUGUUGUGGAGAGUCUGCGAGCAUGCCAGAGGCUUACAAGCCUCUAUCUAAACAUGUACACCCCAAAAGCAAGUUCAGAUGUUCCGCAGUUCAUCUUGAGACCGUUCAUGACCUGCUCUUUAUAUAGGAAACGUGGUUCCCCGCUACCGCCGGAAUAA